UGAGGCACAAAAAACCAUAAAAUUUUUUGGCGUUAUUGGACAGGCUGCCAGGCGAGGCACUACUGAGCUGAAACUUCGUAUUGGUAACCCUGAACGACGCUUGAAGGUCGCGAUGUUAUUGAGGUGCCAUACUUUGUUGGAAAAAAUCGCGGGAAAUGUAGCCAUCACUUCCGUUGCAGAACAAUAACGAGGAUUUGUACUGUUAAAAAUGCCUUCACUGGACAGCCACCAUUGGCUACACUUCACAGCGUGUAAUCUGUGGAAUCUUUUUCUUUGUUUUCUAAACGGCGGCUUACUGGGUCACUACGUGAAACUCUUUUGUAUUUAUGGCAGUCCAUUGUUCCGCGUUUCAAUGCGACUGUCUUUUUUGCGCCAAAACAGCAACAACACAAUGGGCUGAACAGCUGACUUCUUAGGAGUUGGAGCAUGCUUCCGAACUGUGGAAUGUGAUCUGCCCCUAAAUCAGCAAAGCACUUUGAAUUAAUAUGAUGAACAUUAGACCAAGAGAAAACAGUGCAGUUGUGAUGUUCAAGAAUAUAGAAAAAAAGGUGAAAAGAGAGGUUGCAAACUCAAAUGAAAGAAGAAGAAUGCAGAAUAUAAACAAUGGUUUUCAAGAUUUAAAAGCAAUUGUUUGUGGAGAUGAUGAUGGAAAAAUUAGCAAGGCUGGUGUCCUUAGAAGAGCUAUUGAUCAUCUAAAUGUUCUUGAAGAAUACAAUAAUUUGUUGAUUCAGCAAAAUCGGAACUUGAAGAGGCUGUUGUCUGAAAGUGACAAAGGGCAACUCCUUUAUCAGUUUAAUUCUCCCGUAAAAAGAAAGAUUGAAGGUGGCAAAAAGAAGCCUUCCAAAUGUAAGAAGCUAAAACUUGAACCUGAACAAAAAAUUGAAGACACAAAUAGAGUAAUCGGCAUCACCGUCCAGGAUAUGUAUAAUUUGCGUUCAAAUGCAGAUAAAGACAGAGAGUCAUUUGAAGUAUUUUUAACUAAAAAUGAAACAACACCAACAUCCCAUAGGGAUGAAAGUUUUCCAAAUAGAGGUGCAAGGAGAAGUCUUGAAUCCAUUAUUGAAGCAAUAAAUCAACUUGAAGGAGAAAAGUGGUUAAAUUCUUCAUUUGAUGAGAAAGAUCUGUGAUUCAUAGAUCAGGCAGCACCCAUAGUGUUGCAAGGAUGUGGAAUAAAAUUUCAGUCAGCUUGGGACAGUAAGGCCUAUUACUUUAAUGUUAGAUUCCAGAACUUGUUGAUGUAAAUCUUUCAACAAGUAGCUAUCCUUUCCCAUGCCAAAAGCACAGAAAUAUAUUCCAAGGCAAUACCAACCUGGCUGGCUAUGCUGCAGGAACCAUCCCUCGCUCCAGUUUGCACAUACCUAAAUCCAUUCUUGUGAGGAAUAUGAUGCAAACCUCUAACAUGGUAAAAGAAUAUGAGUAACUACUGUUUUGUAACAGUCUUGAAUUUAUCUUGCUACAUAGAUGAGAACAAUACAAAAA